AUGUACUACCCCAAGAUGACCAGAACAGAAUUCGGUCACAUCGUUCUUCGUGUACCUACCCCAUUCUUCGAAAACCUGCCUGAGUGGCUCACCACCAACUUUACUAUCAUCGAGGGCGGAAAGUAUAACGGCCAGGCCUCGCGCAAUAAACUAAUCAUUUUCUCCGAUGGCACCUAUUUGGAGCUUUUCAACUGGUAUGACACGCCACCUUCACUUGAUGACAAAACCAAACCUAUGAGAGUGUGGGGACCCAAACAGGACGGAUUGAUCGAUUUCGCCUUGACAAGCACGACCAUACCUGCAGAAGAGUGUAUGGGUGCAGUCAACGAUACCUUGUCCAAGGGCACAGAUGGAGACGCUGCGCUUGAUAUAAGUCGCCCGGAAGGGCUUGCUAGAGCCAAGGUGAUUGUGCGCGCUGCACGAAGCGAAUAUGAUUUGGAAAGAAAGAAAACUCGGGGUAUUGGGUUCUCUGACCUGAUUAUUGAGACGAGUGAGGACAUUGAUGGUGGAAAGCGCUCUUUUGGCUCAUUUGGUAUCGAAUCGACACUCUGGCUGGGAACAUCCGCUCUGAAGAAAGCAAGGUUAUGA